CCUCAUGUGACCAGAGCGGACAGAGUGUGACUCAGUAAUUACUGGAUAUAUUAAUCCGCACAGUCGUAAAAUAGAUCCCGAAGUUGUUAUUACCACCACAAAAAUUAGUUUUCCUAUUAUUAUUAUGUGUGUGAUUUAUUCAUUAGUCUUAAUUCAUGUGUCCCAGUAACUUCCGUAGGGUAAAAUUACACUAUUCGUCUGUGUCCACGUUAACAACUUCACUAUAGCGGGUCCAGUUGGACUCAUUUGAUUAAAUCACAACUUUCUACUUAGCCCACUUUGAACAAAAAAAAGAAAUUGAUUUUAACGUUCGAUAAGUCACCUUUGCCGCCUCUCAUAUUUUAAAGAACAAUUGUUAUUACAGAAAUUUAAAUUAAAAAAAGUUCACUUCAAAUCUGUGAAAUGCAAGCGUCGUCAUCAAGAGGAUUCCUGAUUUCUUGUCUUGGUAUGUAGUGAUGCAUUUUUUUCUUCACAUUCAUGUUUUAUCCACUUUCUGUUCAUUGAGAUAUUUGAGGGGAAAAAAAGUUAUUGAGAGAAGAAAUGUGAUAAUUUUUUUUUUUUAAUUUUUUUUUUUUUUUUUUUUUUUACAAUGGCCAAGGUUACUGGUCAACUGGUCCGUUUUCCCGUGCCUUUAAGACGACCUCGCUUAGAAUUAGUCUGCUUGGGCUUUGUAAGUGGUCAGCUCAAAAUUUGGCCUUAUCUUUCAAACUUCGCAAAAUUCAAGGGAUACUUUUUAAAUACAUUUAAGCUGGGAGAACGUUUGCACCUUAAACAGUCCACAUCUGAACACACAAUACAAACUCUUUGUUGUUCAUUUUUUUUGUGUGUGUCAGUCGUCCUCAUCCUUGACUUGACCUUGCUGACCAACGGUCAACAACCCCAGCAGCCGCCUGCCAACCAACAGAAUGCUGUUUGCAGCAACCGGUUCGAGGCCGCCAUGGCACCAGAAUGUUUCGAGAGUUUCGGGGUCAACUUCACCGGCAUCAUCUUCAUCAUCACCGGCAACAGAACGGGAGGCAUACCUGCCCAAUACACGUACACGAGCUACAUAGAGUUCGUUUGUAGGUGAGUAGCUCGAGUUUCUCCGCUGGUAAAUCACGUUUGUAGGUGAAUAGGUUGAGUUCAUUGGCUGAUAAAUCAAGUUUGUAUGUGAAUAGGUUGAGCUCAUUGGCUGAUACAUCAAGUUUUAGGUGAAAAGGUUGAGCUCAUUGGCUGAUAAAUCAAGUUUGUAGGUGAAUAGGUUGAGUUCAUUGGCUGAUACAUCAAGUUUUUAGGUGAAUAGGUUGAGCUCAUUGGCUGAUACAUCAAGUUUGUAGGUGAAUAGGUUGAGCUCAUUGGCUGAUAAAUCACGUUUGUAGGUGAAUAGGUUGAGCUCAUUGGCUGAUAAAUCAAGUUUGUAGGUGAAUAGGUUGAGUUCAUUGGCUGAUAAAUCAAGUUUGUAGGUGAAUAGGUUGAGUUCAUUGGCUGAUAAAUCAAGUUUGUAGGUCAAUAGGUUGAGUUCAUUGGCUGAUACAUCAAGUUUGUAGGUGAAUAGGUUGAGUUCAUUGGCUGAUAAAUCAAGUUUGUAUGGGGUUUGUCAAGGUUGUAAGUGAUCUUGGCGAGCAAGUCGAGUAAAGAAGCUGCAUUAGUUACAGAUGUGAGUUACACCAAUUAGUUACACCAGUUAGUUACACCAGUCAGUUACACCAGUUUGUUAAACCAGUCAUUUACACCAGUGAGUUACACCAGUUAGUUACACCAGUUAGUUACACUAGUUAAAUGUUAGUUUCACCAGUCAGUUACACCAGUUAGUUACGCCAGUUACUAAAACAGUUAGUUACAUCAGUGACUUACACCAGUUAGUUACACCAGUUACUAACUUAUACUAGUUAGUUACACCAGUUACUAACUUAUACUAGUUAGUUACACCAGUUAGUUACACCAGUUAGUUACACCAGUUAGUUACACCAGUUAGUUACACCAGUUACUAACUUAUACUAGUUAGUUACAUCAGUUAGUUACACCAGUUAGUUACACCAGUUAGUUACACCAGUUACUAACUUAUACUAGAUAUUUACAUCAGUUAGUUACGCCAGUUAGUUACACCAGUUAGCUACACCAGUUACUAACUUAUACUAGUUAUUUACAUCCGUUAGUUACACCAGUUAGCUACACCAUUAGUUACACAAGUUAGCUACACCAGUUAGUUACACCAGUUAGUUACACCAGUUAGUUACACCAGUUAUUUACAUCAGUUAGUUACACCAGUUAGCUACACUAGUUAGUUACACCAGUUAGUUCCACCAGUUAGUUACACCAGUAAGUUACACCAGUUAGUUACACCAGUUACUAACACAGUUACAUCAGUGAGUUACACCAAUUACUAACUUAUACUAGUUAGUUACACCAGUUAGUUACACCAGUUAGUUACACCAGUUAGUUACACCAGUUAGUUACACCAGUUAGUUUCACCAGUUAGUUUCACCAGUUAGUUACACCAGUUAGUUACACAGUUACUAACUUAUACUAGCUAUUUACAUCAGUUAGUUACACCAGUUAGCUACACCAGUUAGUUACACCAGUUAGUUAGUUAAGUUAAUCAAGAUUGUUGGUCGGUUAUUGAAAUUUUAUAGAAGAGUUAAAACAUUAUUGGUGAGUUAAUGAAGCUGGUUGGGUGUCACUCAAAUGUGUAGAUAGGUAAGUCAAGUGUUUUGGUGACUUAGUGAAGCUUGUUGGUGAAUCGUUUAAAUAUGUAGAUAUGUAAGUCAAGUGUUUUAGUGAGUUAUUGAAGCUUGUUGGUGAGUCACUCCAAUGUGUAGAAAGGUAAGUCUAGUAUUUUGGUGACUUAGUGAAGCUUGUUGGUGAGUCACUCCAAUGUUUAGAUAGGUAAGUCAAGUAUUUUGUUGGCUUAGUGAAGCUUGUUGGUGAGUCACUCCAAUGUGUAGAAAGGUAAGUCAAGUAUUUUGGUGACUUAGUGAAGCUUGUUGGUGAGUCACUCCAAUGUGUAGAAAGGUAAGUCUAGUAUUUUGGUGACUUAGUGAAGCUUGUUGGUGAAUAGUUCAAAUAUGUAGAUAUGUAAGUCAAGUGUUUUAGUGAGUUAGUGAAGCUUGUUGCUGAGUCACUCAGAUAUAUAUAUAUAGGUAAGUCAUUUGUUUUAGUGACUUUUUAAAGCUUUUUUGUGAAUCACUCAAAUAUGUAGAUAGGUAAGUCAAGUGUUUAAGUGAAGCUUGUUGGUGAGUCACUUCAAUGUGUAGAAAGGUAAGUCAAGUGUUUUGGUAAGUUAGUUACGCUUGUUGGUGAAUCAUGCAAAUAUGUAGUUAUAUAAGUCAAGUGUUUUAGUGAGUUAGUAAAGCUUGUUGGUGAAUCAUUCAAAAGUGUAGAUAGGUAAGUCAAGUAUUUUUGUGACCUAGUGAAGUUUCAAGGCAAGUUGUUAAAAUUAUUUUAAUUUUUUUUUUUAUUAAUCCAGCUGUUAGGUAAUGUAAUCAAUAUUGUAGAAGAGUUCGUAGGCUGUCUGAGGGAAAAUACUUUAUAUACUUAAAAUAUACUUCAACUAUUCCAGGUUUACAUUUGUGCGAUAUAUUAAACAGAAUUAAAAAAAAAAAAAUCAUAUUUUGCUUUCAACAGAAAUUUUCCACGUUUUAAUUGUUCGAAAAAUUUGUUAUGGUCUACUAUCGAAGACUUCUUAGCCGAAAAUUUCGCUUUUCUUUCAUUUUGUCCUACUUUAGGUUUUUCUCUAUCCUGUGUACAUUUCUUAUUGCUUAAACCUGAACGCAGUCCUGCCCGUAUUUGUCUGAGGCUUAAUUUGUGGGUCAUGUGUGGUUCAUUUAAGUUUAUCACUAGAACUACAUAGGGAGAAAAUAGUGAGAAUGGUGAAUCGUUUUUUCCCCACAGUUCGGGAUGAGUUAAAUAGCUAGUCAUCUGGACAUUAUAUUUAGAAACGUAUCCGUAUUAACUCUUAAUUCAAAUGUUUUUUUUUUAUCUGUUACACAAAUAGUUCAGGUUUUCCAAUGUCACCGAAAUUGUUCAGGUAUUUCUCUGUUAAACUUAUAGUUCAGGUAUUUCUAUAUAGCUCAGAUAUUUAUCUAUAACACAUAUUGCUCAGGAAUUUCUCUAGUACACUUAUAGCUCAGGUAUUAAUCUGUUACACGCAUAGCUCAGGUAUUCAUCUGUUACACACAUGGCUCAGGUAUUCAUCUGUUACACGCAUAGCUCAGGUAUUAAUCUGUUACAUGCACAUCUCAGGUAUUCCAUAUAAGAUGAAUUUACCUUGGUUUAUUUUGUUUCCCUAUUGCUCUAGCUCAGCCAUUCAAGACAAGGUGGUGCCCUGCAUCCUGCAGAAUAUGCAGAAAUACAACACAUCCGCUCAGUGCACCAACGAGGACAAGAUGGGCGUAUUGGGCAGAGGCGCCCAGCUUCUCGGCAUUAUGGACGGCAUGUGUGGCAAAUGUAAGUAUCUUGAUGCUGCUUCCAGUAUCUGGUAGUGUUGUGGCUCAUUUUCUCAACAACAAAAAAACAACUUCCUUGGAAGUGGUGUAGAAGAAUGGACGUGUGUUGCAAUGCAAACGCCUGCUACCUAUUUUUUAAAACAUGUUAUGUGACAGCGCGCGUGUGUGUGUGUGUGUGUGUGUGUGUGUAUGUGUGUGUGUGUGUGUGUUUGUGUGUGUGUGUGUGUGUGUGUGAGUUAAAGCAUUUUUAUUUCAAAGUUUCAACGUCCAGAAUUCCAGAAUGCAGUGAUCAUAACGUAGUUUUUAGUGUUUGUUAUGUUUUUGGGUCCUUUUUUUCUUCAGAUUUUCCUUUCUUUAUAUUCCAUUAAGUCAGAGUCAGCGCGGAGCAACCCGUUAUCUUGUUGUUGUUGUUUGUUUUUUUAAUGGAUGAGGUCUUGUGUGAGGCUCAGUGCUAGCUUUCUCAGCACGGAUUGUAAUUUCUGGCUUCGGCACAGAGCUUACUGUUUAAAAAAAAAACAACGUCCAUGCGACAUAGAGCUCCUAAUGAUACCAGAUGACUGCCUUCUUCCAUUCACCGAUCUCAGUUAGAGGAUGAACAAUUAUCGGCUUUGUUUAUGUGCCCAUGAGCUCUGACAGAAAUCGUGGUUACGUUGCUAUAAAUCUGUCAAUGAGUUUUGAUCAUGUUCUUGUUCAUGCUCUUUUUCGAACCAGAUCAAAGAGUUUCCAAACGGGAUCAUGAAGCCCUACUUGGAAUUCAAUCGCGCAUUCUCUGAACAUUUUCUUCUUCUACAUUAUUAUAAACUAAAUUCCGAUUCCGCGAUCUAUUUUAUCCCCAUCACACAAACCACCUUUAAGGAAAAUACAAGAUUUCAAAAUGCUUUAAAUAUAUUUACUUUAUAAUUCCAUUUUAAUAUUUUGGUGCACACACUCGCUAAUCAAUUUAAAUAAAUAUCAUUAUAAUAGCCACUAGAUGUGUUCCGCAACAAAAAGUGUUUUUUGGUACCUUUAAGCACUCCAAAUUUAAUUUAUUACUACAAGUUACAACGUGAAGUAUGAAUGUAAGUGAUUCGAAAAUAACUGAGUUAAAAUUAAAGUUAAAUAUAGCAAGUCUCGAUUGACUAUGUGUGUUCAUUGUUUCAUUGUAUCCUUAAGAUCCUGCGAUUCUCUUUCGAUCUAACAACAUAUUCUUUCCAUUUUGGGGGGGGGGAUAUCUUUACAAUCUGAGAUUGCCACCACCCGCCCACAUACAAAACAUUCUAUCCCCAGCUUGCGAACAGGAAGCCACGCAGAGUCUCAUCCAGUGUUACGCAGCCAUCAACGUGAACCCUGAUCCCAUCUUGAACCCAAACGCCUCUAUCAUUGAAGACAAGUACUCCAUCGCUGGGUUAAACGAAUCGGAGCUAUCCAACUUCUGCAAGUAUGUUUACAAUAUGACAUGGGCCGGAUAUGACCUUAAACUUAGUAGGUCGUAACCGGGAUCUGCUUUUUACAUCGGGUCCGUGUGUUUUCCAACCCGGUGGGGACAUGUGUUUUUAUUUUAAGUUUUAACUUCUAAUAGCCAUAAAAACGAUAGGCCUACAGACAGUCCUACAUCCCAUCUCUCGGCAUUUUGAACAAUAGACCUGCAGACAGUUCUACGAAUAGUCCUACAUACAUUUCUCCAGACAGCUACAGACAUUCCUACAGACAGUUAUACAUCCCAUCUCCCGGCAUUUUAAAUAAUAGACCUGCAGACAGUCCUACGAAUAGUCCUACAUACAUUUCUCCAGACAGCUACAGACAUUCCUACAGACAGUUAUACAUCAUAUCUCAAGGCAUUUUAAACAAUAGACCUGCAGACAGUCCUACGAAUAGUCCUACAUGCAUUUCAACAGACAGCUACAGACAUUCCUACAGACAGUUCUACGCCAUAAGCGUGGCUCUUUAUUGAUUAAUAGAAUAGCCGUAUCCGCACAAAACAUGUUGAGUCCAUAAAAUCGGAUCGCGUUGAAAGCGGGGCUGCGCUAAUUCGCGGCUUUACAAUAUUUCUACCGGAAGAAAGCCUCGUUUUCGGCAUUAAUUUUGAUACUAGUUUGAACGUUGAAAUGAAUAUAAAUUGGAAAUGGCUUACCUUGAAGAAUUUUAUUCUACAAAAAAUAGCUAAAAUUUUCGUUAGUUUACAGCUAGUAACUGAAACUUCUUUUCCCUGACAUUGUGGCAAAGGGAAGCAUGAAUGAAAAAAAGGCGUUUUGGGGGGGGGGGGGGGGGGGGGGGGGGGGGGGGGGGAGACGGGGACAUGUAAACAGCUCAAUAUCCUGUCAUGAAACUCCUUUCAACUGGCCUGAUCUUUGAAUUCUUGUUUCGAUUGCAGCAACAGAGAAAAGCUGUUCUCAUGUCUCGGUCCGCUGUCCAACACCUGCCCGUCUCUUCUCACCCGCCUCAGUACCAUCGGGAUCGACCUCCAGGCCAUGGAGAAGGCCACGGGCGUGUCAUGCACCGACAAGGACAGUGAGUUCAUCUUUUGAAAAUGUUCCUUUAAACGAUUUCAUUGAGAAUUUAGCGUAAAUGAAAUUUUAGCGCACAAAAAGUGUCAAUGAAAAUUUAGCAUUCAUUAAGUGUCAAUGAAAAUUUGGCAUACAAUAAGAGUAAUGACAAUUUAGCAUUCAUUAAGUGUCAAUGAAAAUUUGGCAUACAAUAAGAGUAAUGACAAUUUAGCAUUCAUUAAGAGUCAAUGAAAAUUUAGCAUACAAAAAGUUUCAAUGAAAAUUUGCCACACAAUAAGUGUUAAUGAAAUUUAGCAUACAAUAAGUUUUAAUGAAAAUUUAGCAUUUAUUAAGUGUCAAUGAAAAUUGAGCAUACAUUAAGUGUCAAUAAAAUUUUAGCAUUCAUUAAGUGUCAAUGAAAAUUUGGCAUACAACAUGUGUCAAUGAAAAGUUGGCAAAUAAUAAGACUCAAUGAAAAUUGAGCAUACAUUAAGUGUCAAUGAAAAUUUGGCAUACAAUAAGUGUCAAUGAAAUUUUAGCAUUCAUUAAGUGUCAAUGAAAAUUUGGCAUGCAAUAAAUGUCAAUGAAAUUUUAGCAUUCAUUAAGUGUCAAUGAUAAUUCGGCAUACAAAAUGUGUCAAUGAAAAUUUGGCAUUCAUUAAGUGUCAAUGAAAAUUUGGCAUUCAUUAAGUGUCAAUGAAAAUUUGGAAUACAAUAAGUGUCAAUGACAAUUUGGCAUACAUUAAGUGUCAAUGAAAAUUUAGCAUACAAUAAGUGUCAAUGAAAAUUUAGCAUACAUUAAAUGUAAAUAAUUUACCAUGCAUAAGUAUCAAAAUGAUUUUUUUUUUGUACAGAGUACUUGAAAGGACUGACCUGCUUCAAAACCCCCAACAACGGCAUCACCCAGUGCGACCAGCAGACCACCACCAACAUGAGGAGUUCAGUGCUUGGUCGGUACCAGACAGGAACUAUACCUCCUUCUAAAUACAUGGGAGAACUAUGCAAGUGAGUCGAUUUCCUUCAUUACAAUUUCUAGCGGCAACAGCUGUCAACUUGUGUAUUGGUGAUAUUUGCAUAAAUGUAUAAGAACGACAUUAACUUCAAUACACGACAAUCCCACGUGACUUUUUUUUUUCCAUUUGGGGAAAACAGAUAACUGAAAUGUGUUUAUUAAUAAAAAAUUGUUUGCUAAAAUACCAAAAUAACUAUUUUAAAUUUCACGAAAGCGAAUUUAAUCCAAUUAUGCUGCUCUCCGUUGCUAGGGUCAAGCUGACGCAGAUGGACUGUGAGCUGUCAGCCUUUCAGAAAUCGUGCGACGCCGCCCUGGUGGAGCUCAGGACGAUCAUUGAGUGCACCAUGUUGCCCAAGUUCUGCAAAGAGAACGCUCCUUACCAAAGUGUCUACAACGGCAUAUGUGGCAAGGUAGGUCAUCGUAAGGUUUGGACUGAAUUUGCUCUGAGGAUUGUUUUGAAUUUGCUCUGAGGGUUAUGAUGAAAUACCCUGAUAGGGUUGUGUUGAAUUUGCUCUGAGGGUUAUGUUGAAAUGGCCUGAUAGGGUUGUGUUGAAUUUGCUCUGAGGGUUAUUUUGAAGUGCCCUGAUAGGUUUGUGUUGAAUUUGCUCUGAGAGUUAUGUUGAAAUGCCAUGAUACGUUUGUGUGUUAAUUUGCCCUGAGGGUUAUGUUGAAAUUUCCUAAUAGGGUUGUGUUUCAUUUGUUCUGAGUUUUGUGUUAAAAGCUCUCAUGUUUGGGUUUAAAUAGUUUAAACAACGUCCAACCCGAAGAAUAGAAACAGGAGACAAUUUUACUGAAUGGCGUAACUGCGAUAUCGGACCCAUGAAGUCCAUUGGCAAGGGAAUCGGCCGUUCCCCGUUUACAAUUUUCGCAAACGUCUGUCCUAUUCAAGAUCAAAUUCUUUUUCAGUCAUAAUAAUAAUAAUAUUAAGACGUCUUAUAUAGCGCGGUGCCCCAGCCUAGGACUGGGCUCACCGCGCUGUACAUAAAAAUUUUAUCAAAAGAGACAUAAUCAUGACAUUAAAAUAAAAUACAUUUAUGAAAUAAAGAACAGCAAUGGAUAUUCACCCACCCCACCACAUAACGUUUACAAGGCAAACCAUGGACGGCAGCCAGCAAGAUCAUUUAUCGGUCAGAGGAGGGGAAUCAGUCAGGGUAGUAUAAUUUAAAAAGUUAUGUUUUGAGUGCAGUUUUGAGUCAUACAUGUAAUAGACUGAAAGACAAAUUGUCGGCAAUCAUUCCAAUAACACAAAACGCGUCCUGCACCUUAAAACUAAUGCAUGUAUACACGUGCAUGUUUAUAAAUUAUAUUUGUAUAAUGUUAAGCUUAAAAGUGCAUGUGCGCAACUGUAUAUGUAUGAUUGUAUAUGCAUGAUUGUAUAUGCAUGAUUGUAUAUGUAUGAUUGUAUAUGUAUGAUUGUAUAUGUAUGAUUGUAUAUGUAUGAUUGUAUAUGUAUGAUUGUAUAUGUAUAAUUGUAUAUGUAUGAUUGUAUAUGUAUGAUUGUAGAUGUAUGAUUGUAGAUGUAUGAUUGUAUAUGUAUGAUUGUAUAUGUAUGAUUGUAGAUGUAUGAUUGUAUGCAUAAUUACAACACUUGGACCGUUUUAGGUUAACUUUAUCAAAAUAUUUCGUCACAACCUUGUUGAUUUAAUUCUCAAUUUGCACGUAUUAAGAGGGAACGCUCAAAGGUGUGAUAUCACUAAACGUCUGCUCUAUAAGAGCAACAGAAUGUUCGGAAUAGAAAUAUAAUAUAUUAAAAAAUGCAGCGAAAGAUUUUAGAUUUUUUUUUUUAAGAGUGAAGUCAAAGUGAUCGAAGGUCCACUAAUUAAUUUUCACGGCCUAGUCUUUUGUUAGCAAGCGUACUAUUAUAAAUUUCUAUAUCAGUUGUGUCUAAUCAUUUCCAAUUAUAUAGUUAGGUUAGCUGUCCUUUUUAUAAUCUGUUUGCUAGUAUCAAAAACCUGGCAAAUGCCACUGCGUGUAUGUCCAAAAAAUUGAAUUUCUUUGUGAAGAGUUUUCCGUUUGCGUCAAUGUUAAAAAGACAGCUCCUCAAGUUUUAUGUUUUAAUUAGGAACAUCGAGAUGAGCAUCGGGGAAAUAAAACCAACUUUGUUAAAAGUGUUCAAAGACUGAUUCGGAUAUAUUCGGUUGUUGGUGAGGUGCACCGGGUUUACCGAAAAUUUGUUUGCAAGAAAUCUCGUCAACUUAAAUGUGAUCAACGGAAAUUUGGUCGAAAGGAAAUUUGGUCGAACGCAAGAUUGGGCCGAACAGAAAAUUGGGUAAUCUUAGCUGCGUGGUUCGGCAUGACCUCAUUACCACCACCAUGGUUCCUAAAGGCGAUCCCCUAAAAUUUGAGGUGCCAAUAAAAGUUCGGGGCUCCUCGUCACGUGCUUCAUUUGGUCUUAAACUAAACCGGAACUGCUUGAAGGUGUGUCCCUGGAUUUGACAUAUUAUUGUUUUUAGUUUUUCAUAUAUAUAUAUAUACAUAUAAUUUUUAUAUAUAACAGGGCUGGGUUACUCCUCCUGUAUCUAAAACCAUCAUUAUAUAUUAUAUUACUAUAACGGUGUAUACAAUCGUUAUAUAUGAUAUUAAUAUAACGGUGUGUACAAUCGUGUACCCAGUAAGAUACUGUCUUCUUCUUAAACCAUUUAAAAAGUUAUUAUAUACUCGCGACUACCCGGCAUGCAUUGCAAUGCCACUCAAAGAAAGAUAGUGUUCGUUUUUUUAAUUAAGUUUUUUCAAGUACUUUUUAUAGAGACAAUACUUUUUUUUUUCCUUUUGGUGCCUACAUGAACAAAGUAGAAGGGUUUUUGAUGCGGAAGCAGGCCACAUACAGCUGUCCAUGUGAGAAGCAUGGAUUUUCAAAAUUUAGUCCAGAAACUUCUAGCGAUUGAUCCACGCAUGCAAUAGCUCUGUUUGAAAUUAUUUUCAUAUACCUCAUAUAAUUUUUAAAAAAAAACGAAUUUAGGGCCUCAAUUAAGGGAGACCAUAAUCUCUUAUUUUUUAUUCAAUGGCUCGUUCUAAACAUUGCAUAGCUAAAGAAGAUACCAUAUCUGAAAUACAAUAACAAAAGAAAUACAACAUUCAAAACAGGGCUAACUACAAUUAAUCAGAUUGAUUAAGUUACCAACAAAUUACAAAAUAAAAGAAAUAAAAUUAAAAUAAUUAACUUACAGAGUACCGUUUUGCUUGCACCGGUACACCGUUGAUGAUAAUACAAUAUGCCAAAAAAAAAGGUACAAUGAUGAGUAGGAAUUCACACAUAUAAGUAAAUAAAACUCUACCAAGGAUAACACAUCCUAAAAAUAACUCUCGCCUGUCGUCCCGUAAAGUAAAAAAAAAAAGAAAUCUCUAGAUAAAAAUGCUCUCCUGAAAAAUCUAUCGUGUCCGCAUUUUAUAGUCUAUUCUACAGAUGCAUCUGGAACCGCCUCACAUAUUGUUUUCCUUUCCAGUUUACUCCAGAUUUUUCUACAAAAUUCGAAUAGAGCAGACUAUUAUUUUUAAUUAGGUCAAGAUACUAUUUUUAGCUAGCCACACUUUCAAUGCGGUUUUGAGAUUGCUUAUUGUUUGCUAGAGUUCACAGUUUGGGGAACUACAUAACACUAUCAGGAAAAAUGUUCACCAAAAUGUAAAUCAAAUGUUGCCCUUCUUACUCCCACAGGUGUCAACGCCAGCUCCGAUCUCAACCAUCCGACCCACUCAGCCCCCGGGCGGGCCAGGAGCCGUGGCCAACAGGACGCCGAGCCCCAUGUCCGGACUAGGGGGUGCCGCCUCUGUCACCGUCUCGAUGGUGUUGCUGGUCGCCGCUGCCGUGAUAGGGUCACUUGUUCAAUAGAAAACCUGGUGGACGAGGACUUCACUCAAAUGACUUAUUUAGGGUUUUGUUUUAAUAGGACACAUUAUUAAUACCUUAAUGGCUCAAAAAAGGAGUACCGCAUGCACAGCGUUAGAGUAGAAGAAAAUUUGAAUUUUAGUGUAACUGAAUUUAUUAUAAUUUUUUUUUUAAUGGCCAUCGUUGUUUGGGGAAGAUAAGGAAAUAUUCUUUUGUAUAUUAAAAACUAAAUUCCUUAAAAUGAUUUCCUUUUCUUAUCACUGAACUGUACUUUUUUUACUUUAUUUAAAACUAUGUUUUUGUUAAGAAAUCGGUUUAUUUCUAUAAAUAGGUGGCUUAUUUGAACGCGGAUUCAAUGCCAAAUUUAAAUGACCAGCGUGAACACCAUACCUAUAUUUAAAGAACAGCUUAAAAAAAAACAUCACGAUUUUCAUUUUUUUUGUUCAAAUGUUUUAUGGGGUAAGGUUAUUUCUGAUUUUUUUUUUAAAGCGCAUUUCAAAUGUAGUUUAAACAUUUUUGUUUAUUUAUUCUUAUUUACAUUAAAUAAUUUUUACAUAUAUUUUAAAAAAAGGAUUACAACUACUUGUGUUCAUGGGGGAAAAAAUGAAAAUAUCUCUUACUUUAUGUUGAUAUGUUAUAUUUUUUUUAAAUUUUCAUAUGAUUUACUGAAUUUGAUGUUCCAAAGAGAAAAUAAUUUAGAUAUUAUUUUAUUUCGAUAUUUAGAACUACAGUGUAUAAAAGUUUACAUGCAAAGUAUACAUUUAUUUAUAAUGAGUUCUAAAUGAAAUUAUAUAGCAACAAGCCUUUAUAUUUAUUCGUUUGUACAAAUCUUGGACUGUGUGAAGUCCUUGUGGUGGUGGUGGCGCGAGGUUUCAGUUAAUCAAACUGAAUUAAUUUUAGCUAAUCAAAAUUUCAUUGUACUCUUUUUUCUAAAUCUCACUGUACAAUAAUAAUAAUUUAUGAAAUAAAAGUGUAUUUUUUUUACACUUAAUUUUACCUCCCCAUUGGAGUAAUAGUGUAGACCGUAACCACUAAAUGUUGUGUUAUCUACUUUUAAAAUCAUACCCUCCCACUCAAUAAUCGAUACAAAUCAAAAUUAAGAUGUUAAGGGAAAAAAUGGGUAGAAUUUAAACCCAAGAAAGAGGGAGAUAUUUCAUAUUUCAUUAUUGAUCAUUUAUCGAAUCCACCUCCCCACACACCCGCAGACUUUCACCACCCUCUUUUGAUGCCAUAUUGGGCACGACACUGAACUAAAAGUAAAUAAUUGAACGGAAAAAAACAACUGCGCUUAUGAAAACGAUUCAUUGUACUAAAGCCCUCAACAGUUUUCUUAAAAUACCCAUCAAUCGAAAUGGUUAGAGAGUUUAAGUUGCUAUGUUCAUUACAGUGAUGGAUUUAUAUGGGUUUGAGACUAACUCGGUAAAAUUUUACUGGGCAAUUUUUAAAACUGUUCAACUUGUCAGCAAAGAAAGCCGUCAUGUCUUUGAAUGAUGCUCUGCUGAGCGGAACCACAAGAACACAUUCGGCAGCCUUCUCAACAACACCAGAACUCCUCACGACUCGUGUGCCUUUUAAGAAUAAAAUUGAACUUAUGAA